AAAAAGAGAGACUAUCAUAUGCCCAACUGGACUCUUACCAAUUUUCUGUUAAAAAGCCAACACUGCCCACACCAACAAAGGUGGAAAGCACCAAUAGCACAACAUCCCACAUGAUAUGGAAGAAGUCCCGAUUAUAACCUCCACCGAAACUACAAUCCUGGCCGCACUCUCCACCCUCCCUCCUCCCCAAUUCUCCCACCUCACCCACCUCAUCUCCUCCCUCUCCCACCGCCACCGCCGCCGCCUCUCCUCCCUCCUCUCCUCCCCCACUCUCUUCUCCCUCACCCUCCGCCACCUCCACUCCCUCUCCCUCCCUCAAAAAUCCCUCCUCAUCGCCCGCCACCUCCUGUCCUCCCUCUCCCUCCUCGCCCACUCCCUCCACCCCACCACCAACACCACUCCACCGCCACCCGCCACAGCCAAUCUCCGCCACCUCGACUCCGCUCUCCUCCUCCUUCUCCUCUGCGAAAUCCGCCAGCACGACCCCGAGUCCCUCUCCAAUACCCCAUUGCCCAGCUGGCGUUCAACCCUCACUAACUACAUCUCUGACACCAUCUUAACAAUCUCCACCAUUCCCAUGUCACCCAAUGAGAUUGUCAUUCAUUACAUUGAGACAAUUGCCAAGUGCAGGAGGUUUGUCGGGGUGAUGGGGUGCGGCGGCGGUAAGGAGGGAAGGGAGGUGGCGGCAUCAGUGGCGGCAGUGGUGGCGCUGCCGUCGGUGAGCGGGGUGGUGGGGAGAGAGUGUGUGAUUUGCAAAGAGGAUAUGAGGGAAGGGAGAGACGUUUGUGAAUUGCCGUGUGAUCAUUUGUUUCAUUGGAUUUGCAUAUUGCCGUGGCUGAAGAAGAGAAACACGUGUCCCUGCUGCCGAUACCGGCUUCCGACCGAUGAUGUGUACGGCGAGAUUGAGCGGCUGUGGAAGGUGGUUGUCAAGGUGGGCGGCGGCGGUAGUAAUUUGGGAGUGUGAUUUGGUGGUAAUCUGGUGGGGGGCAGAGUAUGGUGCGACCCCAAACAAUCGGUUUGAUGUACAAGUGUCAUGAUCGGAUUGCGUGAAGAUCUUGAUCAUGGGGCUUGGUAAUCCAAUGAUUCCGAUUUUAUCAAUCAGUCGAUCCACAUUGAGUUAGCAGGAUAUUUCCCACACGGUGCAUAAAAGUGCAAUUUUGUUCAGGUAUACCGUGAUCUUCUGUGCGGGCUCAUACCGGAUCCUUCUUCGACGAUUACAAUAGUAUACUUUAGGUAUUACUAAUUUUUUUUUGAAAUCAUACAAAAAAUUAGCUUAGUCCCCCCACUAGUAAGUAUUUGAUCAAACCAUGCUUGUUCUUUAUUAGAAUUUUCAAUCAAGAAUUGAUUACUGUCAUCAACA